AUGUCGUGUGGAUCCUCUCUCUCUCUCUCUCUCUCCUCUGCAUGUUCACCGUCUGCUUCUCUCAUCGCCAUCUCAUCUCCCUCCAUCGAUGGCAGCCNACGGGGAUCCUCCCCUUCUUCUCCCUUGGGCGACGGCGGCUCCUCAUCGUCCCCCCUUGAUUAUGAUGCUUCAGGAGAGCUCUUGGGCUUGGAUGUGGAUCUUCAUCCGAGGAAGAUCAUUCCUGGCCCUGCAAAACUAAGGUCCUGGUUUGGUCCAAAUGGCCAAUACAUAAGAGAGUUACCCUGUCCUAGUUGCAGAGGCAGAGGUUAUACACCAUGUACAGAGUGUGGUGUUGAAAGAUCAAGAUCAGACUGCGCACAAUGUAGUGGAAAGGGGAUAAGGACUUGUUUACAAUGUUUUGGAGAUCGCGUAAUAUGGGAAGAAUCAAUUGAUGAGCGGCCAUGGGAGAAAGCUCGAUCUAUCUCUCCACUUAAAAUGAAGGAAGAUGAUGAAGUUGAUAAGAUGGAGAUAAAAGUUAAUGUUACAAGAAAAUCAAAAAGAAUAUACCAGUCACCAUCUCCUGAAGUUAGUCUGAAGAUUAGCAGAUCACUAAGAAUUCUCAAUGCCAAAACAGGGUUAUUUAGUAAGCGGAUGAAGAUCAUACACCAGGACCCUGUGUUGCACGCUCAAAGAAGAGCUGCAAUUAAGAAAGCAAAAGGCACUGACGAAGCAAGGAAGCAAGCUUCAGAGUCUAUGAAAGCUUUUUUCUCUGAUCCGGAGAAUCGCCUUAAAAGAAGCGUAUCUAUGAAAGGAGUGAAAUUUUACUGCAGUCACUGUGGCGGAGAAGGGCAUAGAAAGCACUAUUGCUCAAAACUAAGAGAGACUUUAGGUGAGCUGCGGUUGAAAUGUAGUUCCUGUGGAGAAAGAGGUCAUAAUCAACGAACUUGCGGAAAGUUAAGUUCAGAUGAGGAAGCCAAGAGAAGAAAGCCGAGUAGUGAGUCCCGGCAUUGUAGAUUUUGUGGUCAAGUUGGUCAUAAUCGUAGGACUUGUCCUGAAAUUUCCAAGGUAAGCAACCUUGUUUCUCAGAGAGACAUUUUGGUUUCGAAAAGCAAGAAAUACUCAUGUAGUUUGUGCUUGGUAAAGGGGCACAACGUUCGUACUUGUCCUAAUAAAAAUGGAAAUCAAUAAUAGAUCAAUGGUUGUGAUUCCGGUAUCGGUUAAGAGAAGGUUUAUCAAUGGUUGGCUAGUUU